AUGGAUCAAACCACAAAGCCUCCGCCACAUGUCCUCAUCUUCCCCUUACCUUUACAAGGCCCCGUUAACUCCAUGUUCAAGCUUGCUGAACUCCUCUGCCUCGCCGGUAUAGACGUCACCGUUGUAGUCACCGAACACAUCCAUGGCCGACUUCUCCGUUACACCAACAUCCAGGAUCGGUUUAAUCAUUAUCCUGGAUUUCAAUUAAAGACCAUCCCUGACGGUCUCCCCGCUGAUCAUCCCCGCUCCGGUGAUAAAUUCAUGGAGUUGUUUGAUUCUCUCAAGGCCAAAACCAAGCCCAUCUUCAAGGACAUUUUGACUUCCGACUGCCUCACCGCCGCGGGUUCACGGCGGCCCGUUGAUUUCAUCAUCGCCGACGGCUCCUUGGGUUUCACUUGCGAUGUUGCUAAUGAAAUUGGGAUUCCAAUUGUUUAUGUCCGAACCAUCAGUCCCUGUUGCCUCUGGGUAUUCUUUUGUCUUCCCAAGCUUAUUGAAGCCGGGGAGCUCCCUUUCAAACCAGCAGAAGAUGACUGGGAUGUGCUAAUAAAAAAUGUACCCGGGACGGAAAAUUUUCUCCGGCGCCGUGAUUUGCCGAGUUUUUGUCGUCUUGGCGAUUUAGACGACGAACAAGUCCAAUUUUAUAAAUCCGAGGGUGAAGAAAAUUCUAGAGCCCGUGGCUUGAUUCUCAACACGUUUGAGGAGCUUGACGGCCAUGUCCUUUCUCAGAUGCGCACCAUUUGCCCAAAUUUGUACCCAAUUGGACCCCUUCAUGAGCUCCUCAAAGCCAAGUUAUCGACUCAGAAAGCCACGCCGUUGCCGGCGUCUUCUAGCAGCUUAUGGCAAGAAGACAGAACUUGUAUGACGUGGCUAGACUCAAAACCGUUAAAAUCUGUGGUUUACGUUAGCUUUGGAAGUAUUGCAACGCUGACAACUGACCAGCUCAUGGAAUUUUGGCACGGAUUAGUAAAUAGUGGCAUUCCCUUCUUGUGGGUUAUUAGGCCGGAUUCGAUCGCCGGAAAGGAUUGGGAAAGUAACAUUGCGGCGGACCUGCGGGAGGCAACGAAGCAGCGAGGAUACAUAGUGGGUUGGGCUCCUCAGGAAGAAGUGCUCGCCCAUCCUGCAAUUGGCGGGUUCUUGACCCAUAAUGGCUGGAACUCAACCGUAGAGAGUAUCUAUGCAGGAGUGCCCAUGAUCUGCUGGCCCUAUUUCCUGGACCAGUUAGUGAACAGUAGGUUUGUGAGUGAGGUAUGGAAGCUUGGUUUGGACAUGAAAGAUACAUGUGACAGAAGUACCAUUGAGAAAACUGUGAGGGAUUUGAUGGUUGUUAGAAAACAAGAAUUCACAGAACGGGCAACUGAGAUGGCCGAAUUUGCUAGAAAUUGUUUGAAAGAAGGAGGUUCUUCUUAUUGUAACUUGGAGCGUUUGGUAAAGGAUAUUCAUUCCAUGAUGUCCCAAGAUUGA